AUGACAUUCAAGUACUGUCCGCAAGAGCUGGCUGGCUUUCUGGAUCUCUUCCGCAACCUGGAGAAGUUCUACUUUGUGGUUUCCUGCACCAAUCGCGUGACGAAGGAGUGGUUCAAGCGCUAUAGAAAAAAGGUCGAGGCCUGUCACUUCAGGGUCGACGCGGUGAAUCGAGAUGGUGCCCUUGAGGUUGAGCAGUACCACGACUUCAAGUGGGAUUACAUGCGCAUCUUGCCGAAUCCAACUCGAAAUUCGUUGAUGCGUUUAGGGAGCACUGCCGGCGAUAUCUGGAGCGACGUGGAGGCUUGUCUGUCUAAGACACGAGGCAUCUACAAGAGCCUCCAGGGAGAUGAGAUCUUCAUCACUCCCCUGCCGAUCCGACGUGCGGUGCACUUCGGCCUUCUUAUGGAGUGGAAUCGAUGGAGCGAGGAUAUCCUUUGA